AUGAGCAUCAGAACUACCACCACUUUACCGGAAUCGGUAGAAACCUUUCGUCUACCGACAAUCUUGGCCACUUUGCCAAUUCAUAUAUUCACAGCUGUAUUCAUCACUAUCGUCAUGGUCAGCAUUUUGCUGACCAGACAUCUACAGCCACGUCCUCGAACUCUUCUCGCAAUCAACUGCGGAUUUUUUGUGGUCGCUUCAUUUUAUGAUCUUGCAUUUGAUAUCAGCUACUUGAGUAUCGUUGACAGACAACAGAUUAGCGUACAGGAAUGCUCCGCUAUUCGAAACUUCGUUUACAAUCCUAUUGCCACUCAGGCUUUCGUUGACGCUCUUGAGCGAUUUCUUAUGGCAUUCUUCAACUAUGACAUGCCCAUAUCCAUGUCAGUUUUUCCAAGUUUUCAAAGAACGCAUGAGCACUCCGGAAGGGAUCCUGAGAGGCUGCUCAAAAGUUCAGUACCUCAGGAUACCGCAUUUUCCUUCUGCAAUUUGAUCAGAACUGUUUUCAUUCUCUAUUGUCUAUUCCCUUUGUUUUGUGUCGCAAUGGCUAUCUAUAACACAUUCAUUUCAUCAAGUCUACUGCAGACUGACGACAUUUGUUCUACAGUACGACGCACAAGCUGGACUAAUAUCGCGCUCAUUCUUAUACAAUGGGGUUCAGCGAUUGUCGCUUCCAUUUUGUACGUGGCUAUUUGGAGCAAAGUUCGGCACCAACGCAAAGUAGAAAUAACGUCAACUAGCAACACUGAACACGACCCAGCAAAG